AUGGCAUUGUGCUGGCAUUUGGGGAGCAUCGCUUUUGUGUGAGAAAUUAGUUAGACAUAAGCUUUCGUCCUAUAAAAUUGUAGUGAUCUAUCGGUGGUUUUGACUGGAAGCAGGUAAUUUUUGGCGGUGAAUUACAUGGAAGAGUUUCGCGAAGGUUGUUGGAGGUGUAUCACAUGUCCAGUGUAUUACGUGGAGGAUCAUUUUGAAGUUGUUUUCCACCAUGGAGGUCACUUCAUAAACGAUGGGCCACUUAAGUAUGAGGGGGAAAGUACAACUAUGUCUUUUGACCCAGACAUGUGGAGUUACUUCAUUAUAGUUAAUGUAGUAAAAGGACUUGGAUAUGAUGGAUUUAAGGAGUUGUGGUAUUCUGUAGGGGGGUUCUGUGUUAGAUGAUAGAUUAGAGGCUUUGUCUGAUGAUAGAGGAUCCAUGCACAUGAUGAACUUAACUAGGCUAAAUGGACAAGUUUAUUUAUUUGUUGUUCACACAGUGUCUAAACCUGAGAUCGCACCUUUGUUAGAAAAUGUUCCACAUAAUAUAGGUGAAGAAGAAGUUCAACCUAUGAUGCAUGAUAGUGAUAAUGGUGAGUGUGAACAAGUUCAUGAUGAGUGUCAGGAGGCAGGUGAGGGUGAGUGUGAAGUUCUUGUUUUAGAAGAAAGAGCUGAGAGAGAUGAUGUUGUAGAAGGUCAAAGUGAAGUUGAAUGUGAUGUGGGUGAGUCUAAAGGAGAUGAUGUUGAUGUUCGUAGUUGAAGUUCUAGUGGUGAGAUGCCAAUGUUGAUUGCAAUGUGGAUGUUCCUAGUAUGGAUGAACUAGUUGAUUGUGAUAUCCAAGAAGAGGUAGGGCAUGGAGUUGGGAAUUGGUUUGGUGAAAUUGAAGUUGAUGUGCAAGAUGAUGGACCAUCAUGGACUCGUAUUUCUGAUAGUGAUGUUGAGGAUGGUAUAAAUACUGACAAUGAUAGAGGUUUGUCUGAUGAUAAUUGGGAAUCAGAAGAAUUGCUUAGUGGAGGAAAAAGUGAUGGAGAAGAUGAUAAGGAAGAAAGUUAUGGAAAGUUUGUAACAUUUAGUAUGCCUAAAACAAUGGUGGAUUACAAGUGGGAUUUGGGCACUUAUUUUGCUAACAAGCAAGAUAUUCUAGAUGCCAUAAAAACAUAUGUAGUAGAAAAUGGGAGAAAUCUAACAUAUGUUAAAAAUCAUAAGAAGAGAAUUAGAGUGAAGUGUAUGGGUGGUAAAGGAAAGUGCCCCUGGAUGGCAUACUGUGGUUAUAUGAAUGCAGUACGAACGUGACAAUUAAGGACUAUUGUUGACAACCGCACUUGUAGUAGAGAACACAAAGUCAAAUUACUUAAUUCAAAAUGGUUGAGUAAGAGGUUGGAGAAAACCGUGAGAGAAAAUCCCAAAGUCAAGGUAGGCGAAAUUCGUGACAAUAUAAGUAGAAAGUGGAAUGUUGAUGUAUCUAGAUCCAUGGCUUUUAGAGCAAAGUCCAUUGCUUCAGACCAUGUAGAUGGGUGUUUCAAAGAACAAUAUAAAAGGAUCUAUGAUUAUGCGAAUGAGCUCUUAACUCGUAAUCCUGGAUCCACAGUGAAGGUGGAAGUGGAAGAGA